UUAUACAACAACACAACAAUAACAAACCCAAAUACCUAUACAACGACUAAACCCAACUCAGAAGAGUAAGCGGGGGUCUCUUCAGGGUCACUCAAGUUAGACGUAGACGUAGAUGUAGACGAAGAUGGUUGGCUCGUGGCCCUGUCAAACAGAUGAGCAAAAGUAAAUCAAUUAAAGGGCCACAUUUGAGAUACGCGGCGCAUUUUGUUGACCUCAAACUCUAAAAAAUUCAAUCAAUCGACUGUUGUCCACCGAAACACUCAACAACUUCAAAUAAUGCACGCAAACAAACAAAACGUGACCAUAACUUCAUCAAUCUUUCUUUCAAACCAUGUGCAUACGAUCGAGUCUGAAAGAAACAAAGAAAAACCGGUCAGCCUUAUGUUGUGGGUAUAGCCAGUGUUGCGAUCUACAACUAUGUUAUACUGAUCGUCAUAUCAAACGACAUCAGCAUGAGGGGAGAUGAAUGAGUCGGAUCAAGUUCAAAGUCAUUUGUCUGUUUCCGUUGCCGAUCGUCGAUCGCUGAUUAUAACAUUAACUAUAUAAAGCGUUGCAAUGACCUAAACCAAACACCAAACAUAGUCUGUUGAUCGUCGCUUAAACAUCAAGUCAUCAUGAAAUUCCUGAUCAUUGCCGUCGCCUUCCUGGCCUGCGCUUUUGCCGAUGUCUCCGAAUUAGCCGAUCCAGGCUAUGAUUACCCUCAGCCUGCUCUGCCCGCCCCCGCUCCUGUUGAGUCCUACAUUCCCCCAGCACCACCAGCACCUCCUGCACUCCCAGCUCUCCCAGCCCUGCCUGUGCCAUCCGCACCCAGGAACGAAUACAUUCCUCCCGCACCCGUUGCUGCCCCAGUUGAUGCCUACAUUCCACCCGCCGCCGAGGAGCCAAUCAUCGAGGAGAUCGAGCAGCCUGCUCAGGAUGGUUACCGCUACAAGACUGUGCGUCGUCGUGUCUUCCGUCACCGCAACUAA